GCGGGGGUGGGGCUGGACUGCGGAAGGGGGCGGGUUCGGAGGAGUGAACUGUGCAGUUAGUGCGUCUUUCAGCCUCACCUGUAGCUGCCCCUCCCUGCACCUUCACCUUUGCUUUUCUCCCUGCACAGACAGCGUCGCUGACUCGGAGUGUGACGCUCGCUGCUCGUCAUGGCCUACCCGGGAUACGGAGGAGAGUUUGGAAAUUUUAACAGUCAGAUGCUAGGAGCAGCUCCAGACGUGCUCCUUGGUGGAUACUCUGGGUACCCAGCAUAUUCAGACCCUUAUUCCUCAGCUGAUGACACCAUGUAUGCUUACUUCAGUGCUGUUGCUGGACAGGAUGGUGAAGUGGAUGCUGAAGAACUUCAGAGAUGUUUGACACAGUCUGGUAUUAGUGGAACUUAUUCUCCCUUCAGUUUGGAAACCUGUAGAAUUAUGAUUGCCAUGUUGGAUAGAGAUUACACAGGAAAAAUGGGGUUUAAUGAAUUCAAAGAGCUAUGGGCAGCUCUUAAUGCCUGGAAGCAAAACUUCAUGACUGUUGAUCAAGACCGAAGUGGCACAAUAGAACAUCAUGAGUUGAGUGAAGCCAUUGCUCUCAUGGGUUAUAGGCUGAGUCCUCAAACAUUAACUGUAAUUGUUCAACGUUAUAGCAAGAAUGGCAGAAUUUUCUUUGAUGAUUAUGUUGCUUGCUGUGUGAAACUUCGAGCAUUGACAGAUUUCUUUAGGAAAAGAGACCACUUGCGACAAGGGUUUGUGAAUUUCAUAUAUGAUGAUUUUUUGCAGGGCACUAUGGCAAUUUGAAUAUCUAGAAUUCUAAACCUGAAGAGACACUGUGAAUUCUUUUGCUUGGAGGAAGUGGACUGGAUUACUUCAAAAAUUUUAAGGGUUUUUCCAUUUUCUUCCUACCUGUUGAAUCUUUUCGCUUUCUAUGUGUUUUUAUUUUAGCAGGUAGUUCAAAGCAAUAAAAGAUUUUUUUUUAAUUUGGGAUAUUACUGCUUUUGGAAAGUUACCAUUUUACAGAUAUGUGCAUAUUGUCAUAAAAUAUUGGUGUAUGAUUGAUUUAAAUAAUGCUUAGCCUUAAUUUUUAACAAUGUAAACUUAGAGGAAUGUACUUAAAAGAUAGAUUGUAUAAGAAGUCAAAUGAUAAAAGCCUAGAAAAAACUAAUUUAUACUUAUCUGAAGGUUACAAAUUAGACUUUUAAUUUUGUUUGCAGUUGGUGCUGUUUGAGGGUCAGCUAGAAAUGAAAGCCUGGAUUUUGUGCUAUGUUUGUAAUAUAGUUUGUUCCUUGAUCAAAUAAUCAGAAAAGAAACUUAGAGCUCUUUGUCUGCAAAGAAGAAAAUUAUCUCCCCAGUCAAAUCUGUGAUGACAUAAGACUACAAAAGGCAUUAUUUUUUAUUUUUUGUAAUAUAUAUUUUUCUUCAGUAUGUUAUAUUGUCUUCUCUAAGCAAAAAGUUCUUAAUAAACAUAGUAUUUUUCUCUA